AUGGGUAAUGGAAUUUCAUCGCGAAGGCGCCCAAUAUCUAGAUUAAUUAGGAGGAGGAAUAUCAAACCAUCUACUGAUUCUAUUGAAAGUGUAGCAGAAGAGAUAAAUGGGAUCGAUUAUAACAAAAUAAAAAGUUUCCAAUGUUAUUUCAAUCAUGAAGAAAAUCACAGACAACAUGAUCAUCAUUUUUUAAAAAAGCAUCUAUUUAAAAGCGAGAUUUCUUGUCCUAUCAAGGAUAAGUUAAUUAAGGGUAAAGGUUGUAAAAUCAUAGACCUUGGGUGCGGGGCUUCGACUUUUUUGUUAGAUCUUGCUGCACAAUAUCCAAAUAGUAGAUUCCUCGGUGUUGAUGUUGAAACGACGUUUCCAAGAGAGAUCAAGCCUAAAAAUUUGGAAUUUAAGUUAGUAGAUAUUAUUCAAGGGCUACCAUUUCCCGAUAAUGUAUUUGACCUUGUACAUAUUGAAACAACAUUAUUCACAAUUCCAUCGGUCCAUUUAAAUUUCAUUAUCGGAGAAAUGAUAAGAAUUUGUAAACCAAAUGGUUACAUUGAAUUUUGUGAAUCCAUUUACCAUAAAGGUAUAGGUGAAAAAUUUGGAAAACUUUUACGCGGAUCAUUAAACUUACCUCAUAUGUUAAGCGUGGUACCGAAUAUUAAAAAUAUAAAGAUUGAGGAUCGAUCAAUAGUUGUAGGUAAGAAUGGUGGAAGAGUGGGCGUAGUAAUGCAAAAUAUACUUAGUUGGUUUAAUAAUUCAAAUGAAUUAUUUGUUAAUGACGUAUGCAACCAAUUAAAUUUAACGAAGGAGCAGUACGAUCGAUUAGUAGUAGAUGCUUUUAAUGAAUUAAAUGUUACUUUUUCUGAAUUGAUGUUUCGUAGGAUUUACGCUCAAAAAUCGAGUUGUUGA